GUAAUUCUUGUAGCACUUGUUGUUGCGCUUUCGGCUUUCAGUAGGGUUUACAGUUUAGAUUACUUUUGGUUAUCUGCUGCAGUUUGCCCUACUAUUUUCAGUUACCUUUUUAUAAGCUUGACGUUUGUGUAAAUAUUUUAAUAAUACUUGAACCUUUUGGUUUGUGACAUUUCAGAACCGAAAGAAAAUGUGACUGGUGCAAACUAACCGUGAGUUCUUUUACCGAGGAAUAUUUUGUGGAAGCGCACACGGAUACGUAAUAAGCUUGGACUUGCCCAUAAUUAUUGAGAUAGGAGAUUAAGAAAAUGAGUCAUUCCAAAAGCCAGGAGAUUUUUACCGUUAUCGCGGACGCUAAAAUUCGUGAACUGCGUGAAAGCAUGGCCGCGAAAGAGGAUACAUCUGGACAUUCCCGAAUAAUUCACUGUAGCGAUGGAACUAUCAAUCUGGACGAACUGGAAGACGAUGACGAGGAAACGAAGGAAAUGGGACCUGUCGUUGAUCCGAAAACACUGACAUGGGCUCCGUGGGCCUGGUACCAAGCAUUGAAUGUGGGUGGAAAAGUUCUUAAAGUGUGCGACUUUCUGGGUGAGCAUCUGGCCGAUUUUUUUGGAAUAACUACUCCAAAAUACCAACUGGAAAUCGAUGAGCGUUUGGCUAUGAUAGAGGAAGAAAAAGCUGAACAGUUGCAGGCGAUGGAAGAUCACAGGCACUGGGCUGGUCGAAGUGAACCAUUAAUAGAACUGGGACCGCGUCUGGACGCGGGGGAUUUAUCACAUGAUGUUGACAAUCAGCUGGAAAUCGUUUCCGAACAACCAUCAACAGCAGCGCUUGGUCAAGGUGAUGCUCCGCUAAUGCAUUCCAAAUAAUACGGCCUCGGUGCCGUGAUCUUCCGCGAUUUUUCGCCAAGCUUACACUGAUGGAUCUGACGGUUACACAGGUUCCUAGAUUUCACGCAAAAAUUAAUUUGUUUUAUGGUUAAAUCGACGCGAUCCGUACUUUAUUAUUGAUUUUUCUUGUUCAAGCUUUGGUUUAAUGACAGAAUGUCUUGGCUGUGUUGACAGAAUCAGUUUUUUAUACGGGUAAAUCUCAAAGGCAUAAAAAAAUCAGAUUGAAUUAUCACAGGCAUUGGCAUGCUUAAGAAGAUCAAAGAUCUCUUUAAUUAGCGCAGGUAUUGUUAGCUGCACCCGGGAGGAAACACGGUCGCGAAAAGGAAUCCGGUUGAAUCAUCUCCGUAAUCCCGGCAUAUGUGCCUGUGCCAGCGGCAAACAGUCCGACUAGCAUAAUCUCAAUGAUUAGUGUUUUCUCCCAUAAUGGAAUAUCGAAGGACGAAGCGGGAUAAUUGCUGGCGGGGCCCAGUAUU